AUGUCUGGCCGCGGCAAAGGAGGAAAAGUCAAGGGAAAGGCAAAGUCCCGAUCAUCUCGUGCCGGACUUCAGUUCCCAGUUGGUCGUAUCCAUCGUCUGCUCCGCAAGGGCAACUACGCAGAACGUGUCGGAGCUGGAGCUCCCGUCUAUCUGGCCGCUGUCAUGGAAUAUCUGGCAGCUGAAGUGCUGGAAUUGGCAGGAAACGCCGCUCGUGACAACAAGAAGACCCGUAUCAUCCCGCGUCAUCUUCAGCUGGCCAUCCGCAAUGACGAGGAGUUGAACAAACUGCUCUCGGGCGUCACCAUCGCUCAGGGAGGUGUUUUGCCCAACAUCCAAGCCGUUCUGCUGCCCAAGAAGACCGAAAAGAAGGCUUAAACUGGAAUCGUCUCUGCUUAUACACUCAAACCGUCCUUUUCAGGACGACAAAUACAGUUUGUAAGAGUUUCGUGAUACUUUUGAAAAUAUCCAAUCAUCUAUAAUGUCAGUUAAAUCGAUGCAGUUUUGCGUGAUGAGCUCCGUUUAUUUUAUUACAAGCUUAAUUUUAUGAUGGUUUUUUAGAUAAGGUUCAUUAUAUUGUUGGUAUCACAAUAUGUUCUUCUUUAGUAUGCUUAUUGAGUUAGUUGCAAAUAAAUAAUUUUAAAUGUUAAGUUACCUUUAGAUGCUUGGCAGUUCUGUUAUAAGCUGAACAGCUUAUUUAAUGUAAUAAUGUAACACAGAAACAGUUCAAAAAAAAAAGUUCAAGUUUCUUGAUUGAAUCUUAAACCUUGUGGAGAGUUAUCAUUUAACUAUGAUUGUUUAAUAUAAAAGAGAAACAAGAAAAUCAACAUGAGGCUAACUGGAAAAAGAGCUAAACUGUUACGAAGUGAAAUCUCAGAGCCAAAACAGCAGUUCACGGCCCUUUUUUAUUUUGUAUGGAAAUCAUGUCAUUUC